GGAUGACAAAACGACGCCGAACAACUUCAAGCUGGGCAUGCACAACAGCCUUCAUAACCCUAGCGCACACCGUCUUGACAUCCGUGAGUACAAUGCGCUCGUCGUAUAUAACAGCGGGGCGGAGCGCUUCCAAUGCAGCCAUCAAUUCCAUCACUCAGCACAUCCAGCCACCUCGACCACCGCGAAUCUCCAACAUUCAAAGUCCCGCAUCAGCCACAUGGCUUACCAGAACAUUGCAAUUGCCGGCGCCACUGGCAGCUUGGGCCCCUCGAUCACUCGCGCUCUCAUUGAUGCCGGAUUCAAUGUGACCGCGCUUUCACUCAGCGGCAAGACCGACAGCCUCCCUACCCAAAUCAAAACGGUCAAAGUUGAUUGCAGCUCCCACGAAGCACUGGUCAAGAUCCUCACCGGGCACGAUGCCCUGAUUUCCCUCAUUCCUACACCUUGGGAGCAGCCAGCCCUCGUUGAUGCCGCGAUUGCUGCUGGUGUCAAGUUCUUCAUCCCGAGCGAAUUCGGCGCCGACAUCACCGGCAACGCUCACGCCGCCGCUCUGCCCCUCGCCAAAGGCAAGCCGGAGACACUGGACUACCUCCGCAGCCAUCGAGACCAGAUCUCCUAUGUCUCCAUCGUUACCGGCCUCUUCUUCGAUUGGGCCCUCCAGAACAGCUUCUUGGCAAGCCUGGAAGGCGGCCUGACUCGUGUCUUUGACGGCGGCGACCUUCCUGUGGCUACUACGACCUACGCUGACAUCGCAAAGACGAUUGUUGCUGCUCUUGAGAACCCAGAAGCUUUCAAGAAUCGACCCGUCUACUUGCGGAGCGCGACGGUCACUCAAAACCAGCUGCUCGCUAUCGCACAGAAGAAGAAGCCUGGAGUGCAGUUUGAGCGGGAGGAUGUUCGCACUGCAGAUAUAGAAAGGGACGCGUCUGAAAGAUUGGCAAAGGGUGAUAUGUCGGCUAUGCUAGGCUUUGUCGCUGCAGCGGUUUUCAAUCCCAUCUAUGGCAGCACGAAGAGUGCAGAGGACGAUAACAAGCUUGUGGGAAUCAAGGAGAUGACGCCGGAGCAAGUCGAGGCAUUCGUUGAGCGGUUCAUGUAA